UAAAUAAACAAAUUGAAUUGAUAAAAAAAUUUGAUUUGGUUAAUCAAUGAAUGGAUCAGAGACACAAAAACAAAUUUGAGUUUUCCUUUCAUGACCUUAAUGCCUGUCGUCAGUCGCCAAGCCAAUGCAAAAUGGAAUUGGAAUUGGAAUUGUGAGUUCAGUGGUUUUUGUUUUGUCGAUUUUCUGCUAUUCCUUUAAUUUUCUCUCGUUUCUCCCUUAUUUUCAAUUUUCGUUCACGUUCAAAGAAAACUAAAGCCAAUACACGCAACUGUUUUCGUGCUUGGAUGAUUCAGUGCAAAAGUGCUUUUUGUUGUUGCAUGAGUCUGACUGCCUGAGUUGUGAUUAUGGUUACGGCGGCUCUGUGUUGACGGCUUUCAAGGAGAGUUCAUCUGAGCACACACAUUUGCCGCGCUGUUGUGUUGUGUUGUUUGGUUUUGUUGCGUUUUUCGUUGUUUGGUUUCCUUUUUUUGUUUUUAUAGUUUUUUUUUUGUUUUUUGUUUUUUGUUUUUUGCUGUAAACAAGACAGUGUGUGAGCUGCCGUUCGCUGAGCUUGCUUCGUUUGAGCAAAAUCCAGUUGGAAGUAGUGAAAUUCAAUUUGCUGCUUGAGUAAAUGUUAAUUUUGGUGAUAAAUUUCUAAUUAAUAGCAGAUAUUAAAAUAGAGUUUUAAUGGAUAAAUUGUGAAUAAUUAAGAAAUCGCUUACUUCGGCUCAAUUUUUGCAAUGGAAGUUUUAAUGAAUGUGAAGUGUUCUUCAACAACAACGAAGCCUUCCAGUACAACACAACACGCAAUCGAUGUGGUUGACAACAAAAACAAACUCAAGCAACAACAACACAUUUUGGGUUCCUUUAUGCGUGGACCUUUGGCACCUGACAUCAAAUCUUUAUCAAACCAGAGCUCGCAAUCAUUAUUAGCAGUAAAGAAUACCGUUCCGUCAAAGCAGGAAGUGAUCAUGAUAGCAAAUUCGGAGUAUGUGACAGCAAAACAUUGUUGCAACCAACAGGAUUUGAGUGAAAUACCUGUUGCUACAACAGCAGUGAUUCAAGAACUAAAUGUGAAAGCUACUACUUCCCCAGUCUAUCAAUCAACAAUAUAUGACGCAGAGCGUAAUAAAUCUUGUUCUGCUUCUGUCACUGUUACGCCUGUUACUCCUGUUACUGUACAGGAGUCAAUCGAGUCUGUUAUCAGUACCCAAAAUAAUAAUCAGUACGACAUCCAAUACGAGUAUCACGAGCCAGAGGAAAACUUUGUAUCAAUUGAUGAUGCAAAGAUUAAAGGUUUCUUGAUGAAAAUUGGACAGGAGCAGAAAUAUGCAAAAAAUAAUGUCAGAGGUACGAUCACAAGCAAAGUCGUGGCAACUUCGAAUACAGAAAAUGUUGUUUUUGAGAUUAUUGAGCUAGAUGAUGAUCCAAAUAACGAACCAAAUGGAAAAAACAAUGUUGAUGACGUGCCUGCCACAUUACAACAUACAGUAUGCUAUAGUAAAAAAAGUCAAAAUUUGAAAUCCGGUAACCAUUCAGCUAUAAAAUCCUCAAAUGCAGAGGUGAUAGCUCAGAUAAACUUAAUCGAAAGUAGCGACUCUGAAUCCGAUGAGAAGAAUAGUAAUGUGAGUGAUAAUGAUAGAUUACCAUUAGCUGUAGCUACAGUUUCUUGUGAAUUACAAUGCGACGAUGAUGAAAAUGUGGAUGUGACAUUAAGACAGAAACAUUCCAAUGAAGUUAUAAUUUUACCAUCUGAUGAUGAUGACGACGACCUUAAUGAUGAUCUUAAUGAUAUGAAUGAAAUGGAACCUGAAAUAUGUUUUAGUGAUUACGAAGAACAGAAAGAACGAACAUAUUUUGAAUGCUUUCUGUGUGGAAAGAAGGUUCAGUCCAGUUAUAACUUAAGGCGGCACAUGAUGAUACAUACUGGUGAACGUCCUUUUGGUUGUGAUAUGUGUGAAAAACGUUUUCGUGAAUUUAGUGACUUAAAAAAGCAUCGUCGACGUCACGUGAAAGAACCUAAUUUCCAUUGCAUGGUUUGCCGUGUGAAUCGACCGACUGAACUAGAUCCAACUCGAUGCAAUAGUUGUGAUAUAAAAAACAGUUCAUUGUUUGCUGAAAGUCGGCAACAGUAUACAGCUCCAGCAUCACCAGAAAAGUCGUUGAGUCCUCCUGUAAAAAAAACACCGUCACGCAACAUAAUACCCUGCACACCGUCAGCACAACCUGCUAAGAGCGUUUCCCCUUUAUUGGCAUCCUCAACAACAAUAUCAACAUCAACAACACUUCCACCACCUCUGGCACCCAUAACCCCAACAAUCGAUACACAACGUUUACUUGACAAUCUUCCAGCUGUACAUCGACCUAAUUUCAACCAACCGGGUACAACAACUCGUAAGGAAUUUCCUUGUCCGUUAUGUCAGCGACCUUUCGGUACACGACAUAAUCUUAAACGCCAUUUCAUGAUACAUACUGGAGAGAAACCUUUCAGUUGCUCACAGUGCCGCAAACCUUUUCGAGAAUAUUCAACCCUCAAGAAACAUAUGGUUACACAUCAACGUGAUCGGCUUUAUAAAUGUUUGCGUUGUCCAUUAAACUUUAGAGAUUACUUAGAUUAUAUAGAACACAAAAAUACGCAUCCGAAAAGUGACAUUAUUGUGACUAGUAGCAGCAACAAUAUAACAAGUUGUCCUAAAAAGCGUUCCAAACUUAUGCACGACGAAUUCUACGAUUCAAACGAUGAAGACUCGUUGCCAGAAGAUUGGAUCGAAUGCUGUGAGUGUGGGCAACGCUACACAGAUAUCGAGGCUUACACCGAACACUUGAAAGUACACGAAACUAACGUAUUCGUCUAUGAAUGCUUUGUUUGCAAGAAAGUCUUUGAGGAGCACAAGACAUUGUUAAAGCACAUGGGUGAGCAUAAUUAUAGUUCUAAUCAAGAAAACGAACAAAAGAUAGAUGGAGAUGAUUAGCAUUGGCUUAGAAAAUGUAACUUCAAUAAUAAUUUCAAAGCAUUAUAUAUAUAUAAA